AAGAAGGAGAUGGAGGAGGAAGAUAAGGUGGAAGAAGAGGAAAAGGAAGUGGAGGGAGUCGCCGGGAGGAACGAGGAUGCAAAGCAGUCAAAGUGCGACCAUGAGAUGGCGCCGCCGCUCAUUGUCGACGACGUCAUCCUCGACGAUGUUGCCUCGGCCAACAACAUAGCUGAUGGCUUUAUUGUUGGUGACGUUGCUGCUGGUGACGUCACAACAAAUGGCAUAGAUGAUGACGUCACCACAAAUGGCAUAGAUGAUGAUGUCACUGCUGGUGACGACAUCACAAAUGGCAUAGAUGAUGAGUCUCGCAUUAGUGACCUGUGCGAAGAGACAGGAAAGAAAGACGGCAAAGCAGGAGGACAGAACGUCGAAGCAGGUGAUCAACAAGAUGACGUCGCAUACAAAAGACGAGAAAGCGAAACACCAGAAGAGCUACAAGAACCUGAGGAACCGAACAACCAACACAUGCCAUCUUCAGCAAAAGAAUCGGAAGAAGACGACAGCAACGGCAGCUCCCCCUAUAGCACGACCCCCAACUACGUAUUUGGUGAGGCGGUCCUCACCACCACUGCAGAGAAAGAAGAGGAGCUGAGAGAGAAGGAAGACAAGAAGGAGAUGGAGGAGGAAGAUAAGGUGGAAGAAGAGGACAAGGAAGUGGAGGGAGUCGCCGGGAGGAACGAGGAUGCAAAGCAGUCAAAGUGCGACCAUGAGAUGGCGCCGCCGCUCAUUGUCGACGACGUCAUCCUCGACGAUGUUGCCGUCAGCAACAACAUAGCUGAUGGCUUUAUUGUUGGUGACGUUGCUGCUGGUGACGUCACAACAAAUGGCAUAGAUGAUGACGUCACCACAAAUGGCAUAGAUGAUGACGUCACCAGAAAUGGCAUAGAUGAUAAUGUCACUGCUGGUGACGACAUCACAAAUGGCAUAGAUGAUAAUGUCACUGCUGGUGACGACAUCACAAAUGGCAUAGAUGAUGAGUCUCGCAUUAGUGAUCNUUCAUUCUUAGUGGACGUUGCUGCUGUGACGUAA